AUGUUUAUUAGUAGCAUAAUAACAUCCUAUUAUGAACCUCAUUAAUGACCAUAUAUCAAGUGAACUUGAGAAAUCAAAUGGAAUUAAAUUGAAUUCGGAAUUAUGGAAUAAACUUGUAAAAACGCGCAUAUUAUUAAAUAAUGUACUAAUAUACUCAAAUUAUUAUAAAAAUGAAACGGCUGAAGUUAGUGCUUUACGUCAUAAAGCAAAUAUUCAAAUCAAAAGUUCUUUAAAAAAAUUAAUAAAAAUCCAAAGUCUUCUAUUCCCCUUUAAGUUUGAUUUUAAAGGCUCAUCUGAUUCAAAUAAAAAAGAUUUAUGUGAAAAAAUUCAAAUAGUGUUCAAAGGAUUUAAUGAUUCAUUUAAACCAUAUAGGGAUAAUAUUAUUGCUGAUUGGGAUGAAAAAUUUAAACAUAGUAAUUCAUCAAUAGAUCAAGGCCAUAUGAAUAGCCGAUUAGAGCAAAUAUAUAAAAUUUUAGAUGACACUGAUGGAAAUUUGUUACAGCGGACAAAAGUUAGAAGAGUUAUCCCAAAUUUAGAUGAACAAACUUGUCAAAAAUCAAUAAUGAAUGUUACACCUCUCACAACUCUCGAUACCAAUGAGGAUAUAUUUGAUGACCAUGAUUUUUAUUAUGAAUUAAUCAAAGACUUUGUGAACAAUACUAAGCCACAAUGUGUUUUAAAUAACGGUCUUGAUACCUCCAUUCAGAAUAUUAAGAACAUUCAAUUGAAUAAAAAGUCAAUGGGAUUGAAUAGCAACAAAAAGAUCUUAGACACUAAAUGCACUAAGAAACGACGUUUGAGAUACGAUCCUAUACCCAAACUAAUUAAUUAUAUGUGUCCUCAAGAAGAUAUCAAUUUCGAUGAUAAUAUUUACACAGAUUUGUAUGCCUCAUUGUUUAAAUGAAAAUAAAAUGAAGAUUUUUAAAACAUGGAUUAAUAGCAAUAAGCGCGAAAAAUAUAAAGGAUUUAAUUUUUUUUUUAAAUCACGUAAAAUGAGUUUGUAAAUAAAAAUAAUUACAAUUAAAUAGUUGAUACUUCUUAUGUGGUAAAUUUUUUUACAAUCUAAUCGAAAUAUUCUAUACGCAUUAUAUAUAAACAUUUU